AUGGUGGAAGCAAUGAAAUUGAAUUUUGACAAAUACUGGAAAGACUACAGUGAUAUACUUUCCAUUGCUGCUGUUUUAGACCCUAGGUUGAAGUUGGCUUGUUUGGAAUACUGUUUUGGUACUUUAGAUCCAUCAACUAGCAAGUCUAAGGUGGAUCACAUCCGUAAAAAGAUGACAAAGCUGUAUGGAGUUUAUAAGAAGAAUCCAAAGAAGACAGUUGCAAGCACUUCACUAACCACUUCAGAGGAUAACUUACCAGCUGGAUAUGAUGGCUUUUAUGCAUUCUUUUCUCAGAAAGUGGCAACUGGAAAAUCAGAAUUAGAAAUGUACUUGGAAGAACCUGUCUUGGAUAUGGUUGCCUUUCAAAGUUUGGAUGUCUUAAAAUAUUGGAAAGACAAUGCAUCACGGUUCAAAGAGCUGUCUCAGAUGGCUUAUGAUGUGCUUUGUAUUCCCAUAACAACAGUGUCUUCUGAGUCAUCAUUCAGUGCUGGGAGUCGAGUUCUUAACAAGUAUAGGAGCUGGCUUCUUCCAUCAAAUGUCCAAGCUCUGAUUUGUACAAGAAAUUGGCUGCGUGGCUUUGAAGUAAUCAAUGUGAAGAACAAGUGGGAGAAGAGCUCAUGGGGUAGGAAACUUAUUGUGCAGCAGAGAAGAGCUGCUCUCAAUGAUUUUGGCACGUUCAAGAUCAUGUUGGCCAAAAUCAAGGUUGGUAUGUGA